CAACUCAUUCACAGGGAAGAUGAAGGACAUGAAUAAGGAGGUGAAGGAGGUGCGGGAGGCACUGGACGAGGUGACGCUGGCCACUUUUGAUGACCUGGAGAACCUGAACUCUACACGGGCGCGGCUCCAUGACCUCGUCCAGCAGGGUUGGCUGUCUCUCUCCAAGGCUCGCUACUCCAUGGGCAGCCGAGCCGUCUCGACUCUGCAGUACCCGCAUCACAUCACGCCCCAAGCCCAUGUUCACACAAGUGAGACAGAAGGAGACGGAUUUCAGUUCCUCGCGGAGCUCACGAGGGCCCAGACGACAGCGCCAAGUGAGCACCAGCAGCAACAAGUGGAGGAGCUUGGAGCAGCUGAGAGCCCUGAACUGCGUAGAAGGAAGGCACCGCCCAGCAACGGUGUCAAAGAGGAGCCAUCAAUUCGCGACAAAUGCCCCAGCGAAGACAAGCAGGCGGGUUUGGAGAGCAGCGACCCACUGCGCUGGUUCGGCAUCCUGGUGCCACAGAACCUACGGCAAGCCCAGGGGAGCUUCCGAGAAGCAGUGUUGCUGGCGGGCGAGGUGGCCACGCUGCAGGCGCGCGUGGAGGAGCGGCGGGUGCGCCACCGAGCCCUGCUGGAGAAGAAAACCGCCCUCCUGGCGAAUGACGGGGAAACACGGGGCGAGGAGAGAGGGGAGCUGCUUGCUGAGCAGUAGUAGCUCGUCUGGGGGGGGCCGGGGGACGGGUAGUAUCGCCACGGCGAAGCCCUUUCGUUUAUGCCAGUUGGGUCCCUCCAACAUUGGCAGACACGGGGUGACAGCCUCCUUUGAAACCCUGAGGGUUAUGUUCCUGAAAAUAAUCUCGGUUACCGUAUGUACCAGAGAAAAUAUAUUCAUUGUGGUUUUUAUUUAUGGUAGGCACGAUGUCAAAAUGUUGGGACCACUCCCCUCCCCUUGGGAAAUUCCUCCUUCCACCUCUGAAAUAUCUUAAAUUGUUGAGUGAACUUGUGUGACUUUUGUUUUCUUCGUAUUUAUCUGGGUUAUUCUAUCAGUUGCUGUUAUUAAUGUCCAUUGGUCGUUAUAAUUAAUGACGCUCGUAAAAAAAUCUGAUGACACCAAUGUCAUGUGAACUAAAAGAGCGUGAGCUCACCGUGUUGUAACUUUUAGGUAACGUUAAAAGGGGCUGCAUAAACAGUGGGUACAAAGACGGUGAGUUAUUGUCACGAUGCUAAUCUCCGGCGGAUAGUAAGACGAAUUCUGAAACUUUAUUGCAUCUGAAAUCAAUUUGUGACGUCGCUAAAUAAAAGUAACGCCUGAUUAAAACCUGGAACGCCAUUUCUCAAGUCACCCGUGCUGCCGACUUCCUGCCCCGUGCUCCAAGUCCAGGUUCAAGACCCUCAUUUUUCCCACUGCCUAUGACUGCCUUUAUCAAAAAUCAAGUUUGCUCACGGUUUCUCUACAGUGUCUUUAGACACGGUCACAUUUAGACUCUGUUGUAAACAAAUUGUAUUGUAAAUGGUUAUUAUUGUAAACAAAAAGUUGUUUCCCAGGCUCCUGGAACUGGGCUUAAAUGAACAAAUCUUGAAAGAAGGUGUCUUUGUGUUUUCUCGGUGUAAUAAUCUCUCCGUCGAAUUAAAAAUGUAAAUCCGGUUAGCCCUUAAGCCUAAACAAAGGCUGCGGUCUUCAGUUGCAAUUAAUUCAAGGCACCACACCAAGCCAAGCCAAACUUGUCAAGGCUGUAAACAGUUUGCCCCCCUCCCCCCUGUCAUUUCAAUGCCGUAAUUCACAAGCGUAGGCCUCUGUGUGCCGGCAUCAGGGUCAAACUCAAAAAUUCCAUCACAAACUGCCCCGUUGGGAUAAUACAUAGCAAUCACCCCACCCCCACCAAUACUGGUAGGCCAGGUACUGCCCUCCCAGUGCUGCACAGGG